CGAAGACGGAACCGGAAGUCGUGAGGGACGCGCCGGUCCCCAGCAUGGCGGCCGCCUGGCCCUCCGGGCCGGCAGUUCUGGAGACCGCGGCCGUCCAGCUCCUGGGUGUCCUGUGGUUCGUGUCAGUCACCACGGGACCCUGGGGAGCGGCCGCCGCCGGGGGCGAGGAGACGCUGAAGUGCGAGGACCUCAGAGUGGGACAAUAUAUUUGUAAAGAUCCAAAAAUAAAUGAUGCUACACAAGAACCAGUUAACUGUACAAACUACACAGCUCAUGUUCCAUGUUUUCCAGCACCCAACAUAACUUGUAAAGAUUUCAGUGGCAAUGAAACACAUUUUACUGGACAUGAAGUUGGUUUUCUCAAGCCCAUAUCUUGCCGAAAUGUAAAUGGCUAUUCAUAUAAAGUGGCUGUUGCACUGUCUCUUUUUCUUGGAUGGUUGGGAGCAGAUCGAUUUUACCUUGGAUACCCUGCCUUGGGUUUGUUAAAGUUUUGCACUGUAGGAUUUUGUGGAAUUGGGAGCCUAAUUGACUUCAUUCUUAUUUCAAUGCAGAUUGUUGGACCUUCGGAUGGAAGCAGUUACAUUAUAGAUUAUUAUGGAACCAGACUUACAAGACUGAGUAUUACUAAUGAGACAUUUAGAAAAACACAGCUGUAUCCAUAAAUGUUUUUAAAAAGAAACAGUUUCGGGCCUGAUUAAUUUUAAUAGUGAACUUCCAGUAUGUGGAUUUCCAGAUUUUCUUUUUCCUUCUUCACAUAACACUUUACAGAUUCUUUGUAACUUUUUGUUGUUGAUGAUGCUUUGUUUUGUUGUUUUAGUUGAAAGCAUUUUAUCCUGAGAUUUAUUUAAUAGGACUUUCUUUGAGAGCUGUAUGUAUAAUAAUAGUCUUUCCUAGGCUACUGUCUCUAUGAGAUAGAUAGCUUAUUACCCGAUAUCCUGUAAUGUCUUUUCCAAAGACAAGUUGCCACUUGUCAUUUUUGCUUCUGAAAAAUAAAAGUAUGACUUACUCACAUUUUUUAGUGCUUUAUUAAGAAACCUUAAAUGUUGAAAGUAGCUGUCUUCUGCAUUUUGAUCCUUCAAAGUAGUUAAUCCGUGGUGUGAACAAAUACCAUUUAUAUUGCCUGGGGUGCAGUCUAGUGUAUGACAACCCGCCUGGUUUUCUGUAGCUUUUCAGAUCUGUCUUUGCCUUGGUAUCCAAGGAGCUGAAGAUCAUCAGGGAGUCUGAAACCUUGAGGCAACAUGGGAACUUCUGGCAUUGGUUCAGGCCUCUGAAGUGUGAACUUUCUCCUUUUUGCUGUGGGAGUGCUGCACUAGCUUUUGAAAGACCAGAUGCUGACUCAUCUAGCUCAGUGCAGUUACAUUUGAAGUUGGAUGGACAAGGUGGGAACACUGAACAGAAGAUUAAUGUUUCCCAUCUGUUAGCACUGCCAGGCAGCUGCUGGACAAGCGCCUGAAGUGAUGCACAGAGUCUGAAGGAAGCAGCACCUGCAUGUUAGCACUGGUUUUUCUUACUGUGUUUAAGAAGCUGGAAAUACAUGAAAUGUAUGUCCCCAUAA